AUGCUCGAGGAGUUGCAGGUAGUGCCCAUUGUUAUCAACUUGAUCCCUCGUAUUGGUUCCCUCGUAUUGGCCAUAUUUUUUAGGCAGAAAGUUUCAAAGGAAAAACGCUCAUCAGAAGAAAGCCAUCCAAAGAGUCUGGAUGGCAGUGCCCGUGAUAACCAGAAUGUUGUGCAGCCAUCCGAAAAGACUAGCUCAAUUUCACCAUCUCCUGCUCCUUCAAUAGCACCUGAUCCUGAUUCUCCAACCCCAUCUACUCCAGGAUCGGAUCCCCAGACGUCUUCAACAACUACAGCUAAGCCCAAGAAGUCACUAUCUGGUGCAUCAUUCUUCAUUGGCUUUGCGGUAGGGAUCAUGGUGAUCGGAAUGAUAGUCGCAGCUGUCCGCUUCUGGAUGCAUCGUCGAGCUGAGCGUAGGAUACCGUAUACGAUCUACUGA